AUGUAUUGCUUAUCCUUUGUCGGAAUGUUCACCAUAGUCUUUUCUAUGUACCUUCUCUUGACUGUUCCCACCAAACUGACUCCCUUCACGCGGUUUGUCAUUCACGGACAUGAUUUGAUCACUGGCUUCGCCCAACUCUUUGGUACCCUUGGAGUACAAGCGCACAUCAUAUUCCCUUGUGCUAGUGGCUAUACCACAGGCUUAUUCACUCAAUUAAGAAUUUUAAGUACCUUAAACCAGACCUGGGUGCAAGUUGCUCUUAUUGCUGGUAACCAACUAUUUUUGAAAAUGCGUAUGAAUUAG